GCUUCGAGAACAAUCCUUUCCCUAUCUCUCUCUUCCUCCCUCUUCACCUUCUCCAGACUCCCUCACGUUAUCCCAUUUCCCCGCCUCCACAAACCUUCCUCUAGAUUCUACCAAGCUCUUCGCCCUCUAUGCGCCGCCGCGACUGCUCCGACGGAAACGAAUAUCGCAGAUCCAGACCAAUUAAAGCACGCGAUCCUGCUUGAGAGGCUUCGGCUCCGACAUUUGAAGGAAUCGGCGGCGAAACCACAGCAGAGGCCGAGUAGCGUUGUUGGCGUAGAGGAAGAGAAAAACAGUAAGAAGAAGAAGAAGAUGGCUAAGAAUUUCGAAGAGCUAGGUUUAAGCGAGGAAGUGAUGGGGGCUUUGAAAGAGUUGAACAUUGAGGUUCCUACGGAGAUUCAGUGUAUCGGAAUACCUGCUGUUAUGGAACGUAAGAGCGUCGUCUUGGGCUCUCACACUGGUUCCGGCAAGACCCUUGCCUACUUGCUUCCUAUUGUUCAGCUGAUGAGAGAAGAUGAAGCAUCUCUUGGUAAAAUGACAAAGCCUAGGCGUCCAAGGACUGUUGUUCUUUGCCCCACAAGAGAACUAUCUGAGCAGGUUUACCGUGUGGCAAAGUCAGUAAGCCACCACGCGAGGUUCAGAUCUAUAUUGGUUAGUGGUGGUUCUCGGAUAAGACCACAGGAGGACUCUUUGAACAAUGCGAUAGACAUGGUUGUUGGAACACCUGGUAGGAUCCUUCAGCAUAUCGAAGAGGGUAACAUGGUCUAUGGAGACAUUGCGUAUUUGGUGCUGGAUGAGGCAGACACUAUGUUUGAUCGUGGUUUCGGUCCUGACAUUCGCAAAUUCCUUGCCCCAUUGAAACAGCGUGCGUUAAAAACCAAUGACCAAGGAUUUCAGACCGUCUUAGUGACUGCUACUAUGACAACGGCUGUUCAGAAGUUAGUCGAUGAGGAGUUUGAAGGGAUAGAGCAUUUGCGAACAUCAUCAUUGCAUAAAAAGAUAGCAAACGCUCGUCAUGACUUCGUCAAGCUUUCAGGCAGUGAAGAUAAGCUAGAAGCACUUCUACAGGUUCUUGAACCUAGCUUGGCCAAAGGGAGCAAGGUGAUGGUCUUCUGCAACACAUUGAACUCCAGUCGCGCCGUUGAUCAUUAUCUUUCUGAAAACCAGAUAUCUACUGUGAACUAUCACGGUGAAGUUCCAGCAGAACAGAGGGUUGAGAACUUGAAGAAGUUCAAGGACGAAGAAGGAGACUGUCCCACACUGGUGUGCUCGGAUUUGGCUGCAAGGGGUCUUGACCUUGACGUAGAUCAUGUAAUCAUGUUUGAUUUUCCAAAGAACUCUAUUGACUACCUUCAUCGCACUGGAAGAACAGCUCGUAUGGGUGCUAAAGGAAAAGUUACGAGUCUGAUAAGCAGGAAAGACCAAAUGUUAGCAGCGAGAAUCGAAGAAGCAAUGAGAAACAACGAGGGCUUGGAGUCACUAACAAACGAUAAUGUGAGGAGAGACGCCGCAAGAACCAAAAUCACUCAAGAGAAAGGAAGGAGCGUUAAGCAGAUCAGAGAAGUGAGCAAGCAACGAAACACCAGAGACAGAGCCACAUCAUCUCCUCCUGCAAAAUCAUCAGGUGUGAGGACACCAAUAAGAAAGUCAACUUCAGUUAGAAAGUCAACUUCGUCUUCGAAACCCGGAAGAGGAUCAUCAUCAUCAGAGAAAUCUUCAAAGCCGAAAAGAAAAAUAUUAAAGACGGUUGGAUCAAGAUCUAUUGCUGCGAGGGGGAAGAAAGGUUCAGAGAGAACAGGUAAGAAACUUAGUGUAGUUGGGUUCAGAGGUCGGUCUGCUGCUGCUAGAGCCUCUUCU